AUGAAUCAACCCCGCGAGGUCUGCAACUUUGAUGUGGCGUUGGAGUUUGUCAAGAGACUGCGGUCCUUGAAGCAUCGCAGCAGCCAAUCCACCCGGCUCGAAGUGGUCUACCACUGGACGCGCGAGGAAAACGUCAACAAGAUCAUCGAGAACAACCUGAAACCGCCGGGGGCCACCAAUGCCGAUGGAACGCAGAUCCAUGUACUGAAUGGCGAGGCCUUUGGACGGGGGAUUUACGCGUCGACGGAUGUGAACUACGGGCGAGCCUAUGGAGCUGGUUUGAGCUGCGGCUUCCUUUGUCUGGCCUUUCCAGGACACAUGGGCCGCACUCCACACGGAAAAGGCAUCCCAAAGCGCCUUUGCAAGAAGGACGACUGCUACCAGCAAGGCAGCCUGCGCGUGUACCGAAGCUCAGAGCAGGUCUUGCCCCUCUUCUUCACCGAUCUCCCCACAGCACCGCGGCUGUCGGAGGUUGCCCAGACUAUCGCCCGCGUGCUGCGCGAACGCGUGCUGGAGCAGUCUGUGACGGAGCUGGAGUUCAAGAAGGGAGAGAAGGUGGAGGUCUUGUGGCAUGGAAGCUACUGGCAGGCGGAGGUGGCCCAAGUGAGAGCCGAUGGCCUUCUGGAUGUGAAAUGGCUCUUUCCUUUUCAAACUUGGCCGGCCGAGUGUGGCGUCAGCACCGCUCGCCUUCGGCGGCCCGAGGGCCAUUAG